AUGGCGGCAAGCACGGCCGCCUUCCCCCGAGCCCCAUGGCGCUGCCGUUCAUCGGCCACCUCCACCUCAUCCGCCCGCCUCCCCACCGCGCGUUCGACCGCAUCAUCAACCGCUACGGCCGCCAAGGGCGAGACCUUGGACAUGAGCAGGCAGCUCAUUCGCAUGUCCAACAACGCCAUCAUGAGGAUGGUGGCGAGCGCGCUGCCGGGCGACAUGGCCGACACCGCUCGGGACUGCGCCAAGAAGGUGGCGGAGCUGGUGGGCGCGUUCAACUUGGAGGACUACGUGGCGCUGUGCCGCGGCUGGGACCUGCAGGGGCUGGACCGGAAGACGCGCGACGUGCGCGACAGGUUCGACGCGCUGCUCGAGUCCAUGAUCAGGACCAAGGAGAAGGAGCGGCGUGGGGAAGCAGACGAGACCAACACCAAGACCAAGGACUUGCUUGACAUUCUCAUGGACGCGGCGGCGGACCCGGCCGCCGAGGUGAAGCUCACCCGCGACAACAUCAAGGCGUUCGUCCUCGACAUCUUCACUGCCGGGUCGGACACGACAGCCACCACGGUGGAGUGGAUGCUGGCAGAGCUGCUCAACCACCCGGACUGUCUGCAGAAGCUGCGGGCGGAGCUGGAUGCCGUGGUGGGAAGGUCCCGGGUGGUGGGCGAGCCGGACGUGGCCCAGAUGCCGUACCUGCAGGCGGUGCUCAAGGAGACCCUGAGGCUGCGGCCGCCGGCGGUGUUCGCGCAGCGGGAGGCGAUCGAGCCCAUACACGUCCGUGGGUACACCAUCCCUGUCAAGACGUCGGUCUUCUUCAACAUCUUCUCCAUCGGGCGCGAGCCGGCGUACUGGGAGGAGCCGCUCGAGUUCCGGCCGGAGCGGUUCAUGCCCGGCGGCGCCGGCGAGGCCGUGGACCCUAAGGGGCAGCACAUGCAGCUGAUGCCGUUCGGGAGCGGGCGGCGCGCGUGCCCCGGCAUGGGGCUGGCCAUGCAGGCCGUGCCGGCGUUCCUGGCCGCGCUGGUGCAGUGUUUCGACUGGGAGGUGCCAAAUCCGCCGCUGGACAUGGAGGAGGAGGCGGGGUUGGUCACCGCGAGGAAGCAGCCGCUCGUCCUCCUGCCCACGCAGCGCCUCCAUCCACUGCCCCUUCCUUAA